AGUGCUGGUUAUCCGACAUGGCAACAGAUUCUGAUUGCAAUCUCCGUCAAAGGGAAUUAUGGUUAUCAGUGGGGAAUAUUUUUGAAUUUACCGCCAAACCAGGGACACAUCAGUUUCCUUAACCGUUUGUUGGCAACUCUGGAAACCGGCAUUCUAUUUAUUAUUUGUGAUUUUACGUAAUUUUGUUUGUCCAUCGUAGAUACAAAUUAUUUAUUUACUUUAAAAUGCUGCUCAGAAGCUGUAUGGUGGCCUUGCGCGCCACCAGUUCAAAGGUCACGUUCCACUCUGCCGUGAAUCCACAAAGACUGACCCUGAUCCCCGCAAGGAACCUCCAACAACGUUUCUAUAGCAGCAACUCCCCCGUUAUUGGAAUUGUGGACUACGACGUGGUGAAGAAGCUGCCAAGUGAGCCCCAGAAGCUGCUCAUCGACGUUCGUGAGCCAGACGAACUGAAAGAGACCGGACAAAUCCCCUCCAGCAUUAAUAUACCCCUGGGUGUGGUCAGCCAAGAACUGGCCACCAGUGAGCAAGCCUUCAAAUCGAAAUACGGCAGGGACAAGCCCAAGCCGGAUACGGAGAUUAUCUUCCACUGCAAGAUAGGCAGGCGGAGUCUCAAAGCCGCGGAAGCUGCCACCGCUUUGGGUUACAAGAAAGUUAGCAACUAUGAGGGAUCCUGGCUGGACUGGGCGGAGCGCGAGGGAUUGCCAAAGUAGAUGGGAUAAAUAAACAGUGAAUAAGAAAACACA